GAAAGACAGAAGUGUAUACGUCCCGCCUGCAAGAGACAGUAAUUAGCUAGAUGGGGCAGCAGCAUACACUUGCGGUGGUAACGUUAGCUACCAAUAGCUAUGAAAAUGGGGGGCACUGUACAAAUCAGAAAUCCUAUUUUGAGAGCUAGCUAGCCACUUGUGAAUAUUUUUGCGUACUACUGCAAUGAGGUACUCUGCCUUAAAUGUUGUUUACGCCGUGGAAAACGACAUCAUCUAAAAGUAAAAGGGUGAUGUAGUUCAGCUGGUGCCAUGUGAAUGAUGAGUAUCAUGAAACCUACGCGCAAUCUGCUGUUUGCCUUGUGUCCCAUGCUGGUCCUCGGAUUCCUCUACUACUCCUCUGGGAAGCUGCACUUGCAUGUAUGGGGCCAGAAGCCACAUAAAGAUAAGGAAGCCACUCUCUCCCCUGCAGGGAAUGCAUACGCAGAGCCCGAAGCGGAAACCGUAGUCUCCGUGGGACAUGUAGUAGGCUCAGCAAAACAAGGAUCCCCUGGCAUGUCCAUGGCAAUCACCAAGCAGCGCCCACCCAGUGUAUCUCGGGACAGGCCUGAACCACUCACUCUCCUUCGGAAUCCUGAUCCAGCGAUCCAGAAGAAAGUGUUUGAUAAACAGGGAUUCUUGAUGAAGCUGGAUGGUAAACUGCCACCUGAGUUGGAGUACAAGUACGGCAAUCUCAGCGAGGGAGCCUGUAAGCCCGGGUACGUCGCUGCCAAGAUGACCGCCAUCUAUCCAAAGUUUGUGAAACCAGCCUCCAUGUUCUUGGACCAGAACUUUAAGCGGCUUAAAAAUGUCAAUAAUUAUUUACCUCCUUUUGGAUUCAAAACGCAAGAAAAUAUCAUAGAAGUUAUAUUAUCAGCCACGAAGGACUACGGCCUUAGUCCAGAAUUGAACAGUCUGCCCUGUAGACGAUGCGUCAUCGUGGGGAACGGAGGGAUCCUCUCUAACAAGUCUUUGGGCUCCCGCAUCGAUGAGUAUGACAUCAUCGUGAGGUUGAACGAGGCCCCGGUGAGCGGCUUCGAUAAAGACGUGGGCUCCAAAACCACCAUGCGGAUCACCUACCCGGAGGGCGCCAUCCAGAACCCCUCGCGCUACGAGAAGGACUCCCUCUUCGUCUUCUCCGCCUUCAAGCCCCAGGACUUCAGGUGGCUCCGACAGAUGAUCUUCAAAGACAAUCAGAGGGGGGUAGACGGUUUCUGGAAGUCAGUGGCCCAGCAGGUCCCCCGGGAGCCCUCAGAGAUGCGCAUCCUGAACCCCUUCUUCAUCCAGGAGGCUUCUUUCCGCUUCAUCGGCCUACCGCACAACAACGGCCUCAUGGGCAAAGGGAAUAUUCCAACACUAGGGGCCGUUGCCAUAACAAUGGCCCUCCAUAAUUGCGAUGAGGUAGCUGUGGCUGGAUUUGGCUAUGACAUGAGCACCCCCCAUGCACCACUGCACUACUAUGAGAAGGUGAAGAUGUCUGCCAUUAAAGAGUCGUGGACGCACAACAUUUCCAAAGAGAAGGAGUUCCUGCGCAAGCUGGUGAAGGCCGGAGUCAUAACGGACCUGACGAACGGAAUCCUAGCCCCUCCGGGGAUCUGAGGCUCUCUCUGCCGCCGGACUCCGGGGGGAAAUGGCGAGAGGGCCGGGGGGCCGGGCCGCGGAGAGACUUCCUGAGCCCGCCGCUUUUCGGCUCAACGGGCACCUCUCCCUCAACCGAAACUCCGGGAGGCUGGAAGGGCAAUCCUUGGCACGUGCCGUCCUGUGAAAUAGUAUUUGCCCCCUUCCUGAUUUCCUCUCUUAUUGCAUAUUUGUCAUGCUGAAUGGUUUCAGCAAUGUUUUAUUCACUCAUUCAUUCAUUCAUACCAACUGUCAAACAUGGUGGUGGUAGUGUGAUGGUGUGGGGAUGCUUUGCUGCCACGCGACCUGCCAUUAUUAAUGGAACCAUGAGUUCUGUUCUGUACCAGAAAAUUCCUAAGGAGAAUGUCUGGUCGUCCGUCCAUGAACUGAAGCGUGACUGGGUUAUGGAGCGAGAUAAUGACCCAAAACACAAAAGCAAGUCCACAUCGGAAUGGCUAAAAAGAAAGAAGAUGAAAGUUUUGCAGUGGCCUAGUCAACGUCCUGACUUGAAUCUAAUGAAGAUGCUGUGGCAGGGCCUGAAAAGAGCAGUUCAUUCUUGACUUUGUCUGAAUUAAAGUAGUUCUGCAAAGAAGAGAGAGCUAAAAUUCCUCCACAGCGAUGUAAAAGACUGAUAUCAAAUUACAGGAAGCAUUUGGUUGCGGUUAUUGCUGCUAAAGGUGGUGCAACCAUUUAUUAAGUUUAAUGGAGCAAUUUCACUUGGGUGUUUGAUAACUUCUCAUUAAAUAAAUGCAAUAAUUUUUUAAAAUGUAUUUUGUUUUUACUCAGGUUCCCUUUGUCUAAUUUUACAUUGUGUACAUUUUGUCAAAAGAUCUGAAACCAUUCAGUGUAACAAAUAUGCAAUAACAGCGAAUCAGGAAGCAGGCAAAUACUUUACCUCCAGUGGACCUCCAGCAGAGGCUCAUGAGCGUGGACUUCUCCCUUUAUCUUUGAGUGUUUCAUUUUGAAUGAGCAAAAUGUGAGUGGCUUCGACAGAGGAUACAAGUAAUUUUACAUGUGCUGCUGAGUCAUUUGGGGGGGGGAGAGAGAGAAAAAAACGACUGUUUGUGCCAAAUGUACCUCCGGAGGAGGUACUUGAAUGUAUUUACAAUGUAAACAUUGGAGAUUUACAAUGCAUUUAACAGUCUGCAUCACCCCCCCCCAAGUACUGCUGUGUAGGAGUGUCUCCGUCCAGACAACAGUGUACAUAUUCUGCUCCUCUCUGGGAGGAAGGGUCAGGUGCAAUGUGAUUUUUUGAAAAAUCCUCUUUAUCUUUGGCCAGUUUCUAAAAGCUCUGGGUUUGUAACAGUUGUGUACUUUGCAAUCCGUAAAAAAAAAAACGGGUUGCCCUGUCUUUGGAAACUUAUUUAUUUUCUUACAUGUGUGUUCUCAAGGCCUCUUUGCCUUACGUUUUAGCAUCCUCAAAGGACAGGUGUUUAGAACGGCCUCCCCUACGUGCUUCCUGACAGCUUACCUGGAUCGUUCUCCAGACUUGCUCAGCGAAAAGCCUGAACUUCUUCCACAAUGUGAAAAACAAAACAAAACAAACAAAAAAAGUUUAUUGGUUUUGUUGCAGAAGUGAUUUGGAAACUCUCUGAACUCUCAACUUGUAAGGGGCCUUAACAGGUGAAGAUGAACUGUGCCUCCACCUAGUGGGUAUGAUUUUGUUUUGUUUCGUAUACGUUUCAUGGAGACGCUUAGCCACUGUAGAUAUGGGUGCUACUCUUGUACGUUGCAAAAGCUCCAGGUGUGAAGAACCUCGGUCGCCUUCUCGAUGAGAACCAGAGGCAGAGUUCUGGGAGCGUCCCACAACAACGCUGAUCACGCCCACAGCAAAGAGUCCCCACCCUCUCAAGCUCAAGCCAGGACCUGGCAUUCUGACGAAAUCAUGAUGAACAGGGAAGGCCGUCAUUCAAAUCAGCCAUGUUUCAAAUGAUUGUUCAAUUAACAGAUGGGUGACUUGGAGGACAAAACAAGGUGGCAAAAUGUGUUAUAACAAUACAUUGGGAAGUCUUUACCUGAAGAAUGAUGAAUGCACCACAUCUUGCGGCAUGGAUGUGACAGAUAUCGACAGACCAAUCCACGAAGUGUUUCUUAAUGGUUUUUGUAGGUCACUUUUCAUUAAAAAGGUAGCGUUGUUGUACAUUUUCAUUUUUUGAUGAACAGAUGUACAGUAUGGCCUUUCUGUCAUUGUUAAUAAACGUCACUGGCUCCUUUUGAAGUGA